GUUACUGUGAACAAGGAGAGUGAUGUCUCUGCUGUAGAGGAGGAACCUGCGACCCAAGCUGAGGCACGAGCUCGGGAUGCUGUUAAGAGGGGUCGACUGCGUGUUAGGAAGGACGGUACAAUGUAUGUGAGGGGUACGGGUGGCCUUGGUAAGAAUCAGCACAUGACCUUUGACGAGAGUGGUGACGAAGGGUCGGAUAAUGAGGAGGAUGAAGAUGCUGAUGAGGAGAGUGCUGCUGCUGCUAAGCAGGCCUUCAUAGAGUCGAUGAGGCAGAAGGUGGAGGAGAGGGAGGAGGAGGAUAAGAGGUUGAUGAAGGAGAAGGUACGGGAGAAGCAUCGUAAGAUCAAGGAGAAACUACGUCGGAAGAAGGGUGAUGAUGCUGAUGAGGAGGAUGAGGACAUGGGAGCUGUACUAGCAAGUCCAGAUGACCAUGAUGAGAAUGGAGAAGAUGAAGGGUCAUCAUUGGAGCCCUCACCUAAGCGACAACGAGGGGAGGUGGCUGAUCUCGAGGAGGAGGCUUUGAAG